AUGGAAAAAGUUAAAGAGAAGGAAAAUAUAUCGCUGGAUGUGAAAAAAGAACCGGCAAGUGGAAAAAAUGCAAAGACACAAACUUGCUUAGAGUUCUGUUCAGACAAAGACAACUGUCUGUCUCUCAACGACAUUUUGCACUCAUUCAAUGCACCACUGUCAGAAGAACAAGCCUGGUCGCUAAUUUAUCAGUCGGUGCAACUCUAUCGUAACUUCAUACGCAUUGAGUUUAUUGACAAAUAUACGAAGGAUGCAACACAAAAGUCGUCUCAUCGAAUCAAGGUGCCUAAAUCAACAAAGAAUCUCAGUGUACACAAGGAUGGAUCAGUACACAUAAGUGACAAAGUCAUGAGUCAUGAAUCAAUAACAAGUCGACAUUCGAUAUGUUUGUAUCAAAAAUUUGACUUGGGUGUCCAAUCUUAA